AAAAUUAUUAGAAGCAGAGGGGCAUUCACAAAGCCUAGUCUUGUUUAUCUGUUCAAGUGAUUCCCCUGCAGCCUCGAGCUUUCUGCACACCACGAUAAAAGGCAGAGAUCAUAGAAUUUUCAUUGACAACCUUUCUUUUACCCCUCAAACAAUUUUCCCAUUCGUUAUAGAAAGGAAAAUCUAAAUCACAAAAUCUAUUUUCCCUUUUCAACGCUCAAUCUCAAAGAACAAUUUUCAAAAUCCUUCCUUCCAUUCCAAUUUUUCCAUAUCCGGUUUCUUUAUCAAAAUCUCCAAAUAAAAAAAGAAAAACAAGAAGAAAGAGAAAAGGAAAGAAAGUUUUAAGAGAAUUGACACCAUUGCUUUAUGAUUUCACCUUUUCCAUUCCACAACUUGAUCAAGAUUUGGAUUCCUAUCCAAAUUUCUUCUUCACUUUUGUUCACCAAAGCAUCUUUCUUGUUACUAUUAAUCUUGUUCCAAGCCUUCUCCUUGCCUUACACUUCUUCGCAAUUCACCGCCAAAAGAUCAAUUCUUUGUGACAAAAACCAAAAACCCAAAUCCCAAAUACCCUCAAAAAACAAAAUGAGAAUCCACCCAUUGCCCAGGAAAAGAAACAUCACUAUCCAAUAUGAGAUGAACCCAAGAACAACGAGGUCCCAAGCUGAGACCUUGUUGAGCGGUGGGUCCCACAAAAAGCUCCGGAGGCUGCCCCACAUCUUCAGCCGCGUCCUGGAACUGCCUUUCAGGUCGGAUGCCGACGUGGCGGUGGAGGAAAGCCCCGACUGUUUCAAGUUCGUCGCCGAAACGGAUGGGAGAAUCGGCGACGUUGUGAGGGCUCAUACGGUGGAAAUCCAUCCUGGGGUUACUAAGAUUGUGAUAAGGUCGAAUAGUUUGGUGGAUUUUAGUUUGUUGGAUGAUUUGGAGCUUGACAUGUGGCGGUUUAGGCUGCCAGAGACCACGAGGCCGGAGCUGGCGAGUGCUGUUUAUGAAGAUGGGGAGCUAAUUGUGACGGUGCCAAAGGGAGGCGAAGUGGAGAAUUUGGAGGAAGGAGCUGGUGGAGGCGAAGGUGAAGGGAAUGGGGAGAUUAAAGGAGGUAUGGAAAAUGAAGUGGAAUUCGACAUUGACUGGUCUAAAUAUGUGCUUGAUUGAAGUUGGGUUCUUUUCCAUUUCUCAUCCCACCAUUGUGUGAAUGGGAAGCGAGGAAUGGCCUUCCAUAGGUGCAUAGAGGUCGGUUUCCACUAAUCAGGAUGUCAUUUAGAUGUGGCCAUGCUGGUUCAGGCACCCAUCUUUUAGGGUGAGAAGCUGUAGGUCCAAGGUUCAGUUUCCGUAGGUCCCCAAGCCCUUGGGAUCGUGCCGAUGAAAUAAAUAGAGAAAGAGUGGGGUUGGCGUGGGGGUGCUGAGAAUGAGAUUUGACCAGGGCAGGGUUGUUACUUUGCUAACCUUUAACUGCAAAAGCUUUUCCCAGAAAUUGAAACUCCUUUAUUUGCUGUGGGAGGGGUUUCAUUUGCUAUCAAUUUGCUUGCAAUUGUGGUGUGACUAAAGCUUGAUUCCUUCACAAAUAUUUUGAUUUUAGAGAAUGUCGCGUCCCCUCAAGUCUCACCAUAUGCUUUAAACAAUUAUCAUUGACGCCCACCACACUUGAAGAAACCAGACACAAGAAUUUCCCCUU